GUAUUUUCCAAAAAAAAAAAUAUAUAUAUAAAUAAAUAAAUAAAAUAAAAUAAAAAACACACGUCGAGAUGACGACUCGCACUAAUAAUCAUCUCAGCGCCGUCUUUAUCGGCGCCGUCAAUUCUGGCAAAUCAACCACCGCUGGUCACCUCUUACAUAAGUGCGGCGCGAUCUCCAAGAGAACCAUACAGAAGUUCGAGCAGGAAACCGCUGAUCAAGGCAAGGCGUCGUUCAAGUACGCAUGGGUCCUUGAUAAGCUGAAGGCUGAGCGUGAGCGUGAGAUUACUAUUGACAUUGGGAUCGAGUGCUUUGAGGCUAAGAGAACUUUAAUCACUGUCAUUGACGCUCCUGGCCAUCAUGACUAUACCAAGAACAUGAUCACUGGUGCCUCACAGGCCGACUUCGCUAUCCUCGUCAUUUCUGCUGCUACCGGCGAGUACGAGGAUAGCAUACAUCCGAGUGGCCAAACUUGCCAGCACCUUCUACAUGCGUUUACUCUAGGGGUCCGCCAGAUCAUUGUAGCUGUGAAUAAGAUGGAUACUAUUGGAUGGAGUGAGGUUCGCUUUGAUUAUAUUAUCAAGGAUAUCUCCUCCCUUCUCAGAAAGGUUGGCUACAAUCCUCGGACAGCGGCAUUUACCCCUAUUUCCGGCUACGGCGGUGACAACAUGUUGGAGGAGUCUAUUCACUUGAGCUGGUUCAGGGGAGGGACGAGAGAAACCAAGGACGGUGUGGUCAAGGUUAAAACCCUACUUGACGCCAUUGAAAGCAUCGUGCCCCCGCCCAGGGCUACUGAUAAGCCUUUACGUCUACCCAUCCGGGAUGUUUAUAAUAUAUCCGGGAUCGGUAUUGUGCCGACCGGCCGUAUCAUCACCGGGGUUAUGAAGCCUGGCAUGGACCUAACAUUUGCCCCAACUAACAAUACUGCUCAAGUGGUGUCUAUUGAAAUGCAUCACAAGCAGGUUGAUAAGGGCACUGCGGGUGACAUAGUCGGCUUUAAUAUUACAGAUGUCUCUGGGGAUAUAUGCCGUAGCCAUAUCGCUGGUGAUUCUACAAAUAAUCCCCCGAAGCGUGUUGCUUCCUUUACCGCUCAGGUUAUAGUCCUGGAUCAUCCCGGUCAGAUUCGGGCUGGCUAUACCCCUAUUGUGGACUGCUAUACUGCCCAUAUUGCCUGCGAGUUCUCAGAAUUGCUGUACAUGAAUGACCGCCGUAAUGGCAGCCACAUCAAGGACUCGCCUGAAUUUCUCAAGCGGGGUGAUGCCGCUAUGAUCAAGCUCGUUCCCUCCAAACCCAUGUGUAUGGAGACUUUCAGCGACUGCCCCGCACUUGGACGUUUCAUCAUCCGUGACAAGGAUCGGACUGUCGGUGUCGGUGUCGUCAGGAGCGUCGAGAAUUAUGUGUAUUAUGAGAAUGAAGAUGAUUACGAGAGUGAUGAUGAUUACCAGGAUUAAGCUGGCGGUGCCGGCUGUGACGAGGGGGCCGACCUGCUGGUAGAUUCGGACAGGGAUCCAACCGCCCAAAAACUCAAAAAUACACUUAAAUGUUACGGUCUCUGCAGAGGUGUUUCGACUUGGCGUUGUCUACGUAGCUGAAAUUAUCCGCAUUUGCCUGGACACCAUGUUUUGUUGCUCAAGCUUAGCGAUAUCCCAGCCUACGUAGCACCCACAGGGGUGUAGCUGUGCGCCACACUGCUACCACGC